AUGUCUUCGUCCGCCACGACUCUCAAGGGCCAGCCCCUGGACAAGGCCGUCCUCGACGCCAUGCUGCGGCGACGCAUGUUCUACACGCCCUCCUUCGAGAUCUACGGCGGCGUAGGUGGUCUCUACGACUACGGCCCGCCAGGCUGUGCCCUGCAGGCCAACAUCGUCGACCUGUGGCGGAAACACUUUGUCCUGGAGGAGGACAUGCUCGAAGUCGACUGCACCGCCUUGACUCCCCACGAUGUUCUCAAGACCAGCGGCCACGUCGACAAGUUUGCCGACUGGAUGUGCAAGGACCCCAAGAACGGCGAGAUCCUGCGAGCCGACCACUUCGUCGAGGCCAUCCUCGAGGCUAGGCUCAAGGGCGACAAGGAGGCCCGUGGCCAAAAGGUGGAGGAGAAGGAGGUCGAUCCCAAGAAGAAGAAGAAGGCCAAGUCCGCGGCCGCCGUUAAGCUUGACGAUGCCGUUGUCCAGGAGUACGAGGAGGUGCUCGCCAAGAUCGACAACUAUGGCGGCCCUGAGCUCGGCGAGCUUAUCAAGAAGUACGACCUCAAGAACCCCGAGACUGGCGUGCUUCCCUCAGAGCCCGUGGCCUUCAACCUCAUGUUCCAGACGUCCAUCGGACCGAGCAGCAACCUCCCGGGAUACCUGCGUCCCGAGACUGCUCAGGGCCAGUUCCUCAACUUUGCCAAGCUUCUCGAAUUCAACCAGUCCCAGAUGCCCUUUGCCUCGGCCUCCAUCGGCAAGUCAUACCGAAACGAGAUUUCUCCCCGUGCCGGUCUCUUGCGUGUGCGAGAGUUUUUGAUGGCUGAGAUUGAGCACUUUGUCGACCCUGAGGGUGGCAAGAAGCACAGCCGCUUCCAUGAGGUUGAGGACGUCGAGCUGGUCCUGCUGGACCGCCACGUUCAGCUCUCUGGAAAGACUGAGACGAAGAAGAUGACCAUUGGUCAGGCCGUCAAGAACGGCGUCGUCGACAACGAGACUCUUGGAUACUUCCUUGCCCGUAUCCACCUCUUCAUGAAGAGAAUCGGCGUCGACCUGUCCAAGAUGCGCUUCCGACAGCACAUGGCCAACGAAAUGGCCCACUACGCCACCGACUGCUGGGACGCCGAGCUGUUGACCUCGACUGGCUGGGUCGAGUGCGUUGGCUGUGCCGACCGCAGUGCCUAUGACUUGACCGUCCAUGCCAAGAAGACUGGCGCUCCCUUGGUCGUCCGUGAGCGACUCGACGAGCCCAAGGUCAUUGAGGAGUGGCAAAUCGAUAUUCAAAAGAAGAAGUUUGGCCCCCUAUUCAAGAAGGAUGCCAAGACGGUGGAGACUGCCUUGGAGGCUACCUCGCAAGAGCAGCGUGAGAAGCUGGCCAAGGAGCUGACCGAGACUGGAAAGAUUGUCCUGGACGUGGAGGGCCUUGCCGAUGGUAAGGCCGUCAUCGACAAGGACUCUGUCGUUAUUGAGUUCCGCAAGAGAGUGGAGAACACUCGCGAGUUCACGCCCAAUGUCAUUGAGCCGUCAUUCGGUAUUGGCCGUAUUCUCUACUCGCUCAUUGAGCACAACUUCUGGACCCGUGCCAGCGAUGGUGGUGAUGAGUCCCGUGGUGUCCUGUCUUUCCCGCCUACCGUGGCCCCGACCAAGGUCCUCCUGGUGCCCCUGUCAUCCAACCCGCAAUUCAAGCCCGCAGUCAAGGCUCUUUCUCAGAAGCUGCGAAGCCUCGGUGUCUCCAGCCGUGUAGAUGACUCCUCUGCCAGUAUCGGUAAGCGAUACAGCCGUAACGACGAGCUUGGCACGCCGCUUGGCAUCACCGUCGACUUCCAGACCCUUCAGGACGGCUCCAUUACCCUGAGAGAUCGUGACUCGACCACCCAGGUCCGAGCCGAGGAGAGUAAGAUCCUGGAUGCCAUUAAAUCACUUGUAGAUGGCAGCAAGAACUGGGAGGCGGUUGCAAGCGAGCUCCCCAAGUUUGAGGGACAGGAGAUUGAGGUCGCCGUUCGAUAG